AUGACGACCUCCUCGGACGCACCGCUGGUGGUCUUCCCUUUUGGCGAGCCCGACCCCCGCCUUGAGGACUACCUCGACGACAAGCUGCAGUCCACGGCCGACCUCGACACGCUGGAUGCGCUGCUCCAGGGGGUGAACCUGCAGCAUGAUCAGCUGCAGACCCAACUUGACGAUGCUGCGCGUGCUCUGGAGGACGCCCGCGGCGCGGCUGCUUCGCAACGAAAUGCCCUCCAAGUUGCUCUAGCCGAGUUUGACGGCCUCGAAGACGAUAUUACGCGGCGCCUCGCUGUGGCUAACGCGGAAAACGCGGCGCCCGAGGCCGUUGUGCAGCGACUGACGGGGCCCAUGGAGCACCUCCAGCGCGUCACCCUGGCACACGACUAUUUGGUGCUGCUACAAGACGUCGGUCGACUGGCCGACGCGGCUCGCGCUGCAUUGCCCGACCGGCCCAAGGACGCGCUGGCACCAUAUACACGGCUGAGACGGUUGGCCACGCGUUUGGUGGAGUUGCAAGGCGCUGCGGCCGAUACGGGGGCACCUGCUGCGCAUCUGGUGGCCCAUGUGGGUUCCGUGGCGGAUGGGUUGUGGGCGGAAAUGAAUGCGACGAUGCGUAGCGAUUUUGCGGCAUUGCUCGAGAAGCGCGGCUGGCCCAGCGGCGUGGACGCGGCGGUUCCUGCAGACGAGACGUGGCGGGAUGGAUUUGGGAAGCUUGUCGAUCUUCAGGUGCCCGAGAUCCUCGAACGCGAACCUCUCCCACUUUUACCCAUCGAUGUCAUGGCACAAAUCUUUAUCAAGGAGUUCCGAUACCAUUUCUUGACAGACGGCCGACGGACAAGCGAACCUCGACAGUUUGGCGAUGUGUGCUGCCCCUGGUUUCUCGAGCGGGUCGAGACGUGGUCCGACUUUUUGCGGGCGAGUUUUGCGGACCUGUUGGCGGACCGCUUUGAAGGCACCGGCGCGGGAGAUAAGAUGGCCUACGUCGACCCUGUGUGCGCCCUGGUGGCUUCCCUGCUGCCAGUGAUGCGCGAAAAGGUGCAGCAGACGGUUGUCUAUGCCGUGGCACAGCUCCACCAGCAGAGACAGCAAUUGGAGCAGCAGCAAGGUGCCGACAUCGCGGGAUCUGCGCCCGUUCUCACGACACCCACAUUCCUGGGUAACUUGAUCGUGCAGCUGCUUGCCUUUGAUGAGGAGCUGCGGACGCGAUUUGGCUACGACGGUGGGUUGGGCAGCUCGUCAGCGUCGUCAGCUCGCUACUGGCCCGGCCUGGCAGGCGGACCGGGCGGCGUGCUCGACCUGCACUUCUCUCUGUGGCUGCAGGCCGAGAAGGAAUAUGCGCUCUCGCGGUACCGCGAGAUUGUAGAUGGCACAUCGCAGGCCGCGCUGGAUGCUCGCGCCACGAUUGACUACGAUUACAGUGGCGCCGGGCGGACAAAGCCGACCCUGGCUGCCGUGCACGUUGUCGACUUGCUGCGGGCAGUGACGGGCCAGUACCGCUACUUGCGCAAGUUCCACCACCGUCUGCGAUUUUUGAUCGACAUUCAGAUCACGUUGCUCGACGCCUACGAUGAGCGUCUGCGCGGUUCGCUCGAGACGUACGCGUCCAUGACGUCGGCCGUCGGGCGCACGCUGCACGGCGUAACCAAGGAGCAGCUGGCGACUCUCGAGGGUACGGGCGGGCUCGAGGCGCUCUGCCGCGUGUUUGGCAGUGCGGACCACUUGAUAAACACGCUGCGUGAGUGGGCCAACGAGGAGUUCUUUGUCACACUCUACAACGAGCUGGAGACGCGGUCCAAAAAGGCCGAGCAGGCCGAGCGGGCCGGAGGGACGGGCCAGCUGGGUGGUGGCCUCAGCGUGAGCAAUGUGCGCGAUCGUACCGCAUCGUCGGCUGCCGUCAAUGGCGGCGCCCACAAGAACCACGGCGACGGCAACAUGGACGAGGACAACCUUUUUGACGGUACCAUCCAGGCGUUUAAGCAGCGGCGCAAGGCUGCACAGGACUUUCUCGUGUCGACACUGGCCAACUCGCACCGCAAGGCGUUCCGCCCAUACGUUCUGCGGACGCAGUGGACGACGGUCGCCGGGAAUGGCCGCGGAAGUAUCGACGACAGCAGCGACGCUUCUGCGACUGUAUCUGGUGCUGGCGCAGUCAUCUCCCCGGCUGAUCUUGCCAUCACACCGGAACUUGACGAGCCUCUGCGCAUCAUCCGGCGCAACCUCGAGUUCCUGGCCCGCGCACUCGGCACGGUGCCGCUGCGGCGCGUUGUACGCGGUGCCUUUGAGAAGCUGCAAGACCAUCUCUGGGGCGAUGUGCUCAUGGCCAACAAGUUCACGACACUGGGCGCCGCACAGUUUGCGCGUGACAUCUCGGCCGUGGUCUCGACGGUGGAGCGACAGGUGCCUUUGGGAUCCACGGCACUCGAGGGCCUGCGUGAAGGCGUGGCGCUGUUGAACUUGCCUGUAUCGGUGCCGGCCGACGCUAGCAGUGACGACAGAGCUUCCAUCACUCUUCAGCAGGCUAAUGACCGCAUGUUUGUUGACAACACAGAAGCGAAAAAGCUGCUGCAAGAGCUCCAGUUGACGACACUGACGCCGUCGACAGGACGAAAUAUUAUACAGCGGAGGAUCGAGAGUAGUGGAUGA